AUGGGUGUAAUAACUAGCCGAAGGGCGACUUUACUGCUGUUUGUAUUGCUGCAGAUGUCAGUCUGUGAAACAACAGAAUACUUAGAAGAUAACUGUGGUGAAAGUAUUGUGAGCUAUGGCGGUCGCCUUGAAUCACAGAGAUAUGCUACUUACCGAAAUAAUUUUCAGUGUGACGUAAUUUUGGAGGCACCGAAUGAAGAAUACAAACUAAUAAUCCAGUAUGACUACAUAGAUUUGGAAUACUUUGAUGAUACAAGCUGCGUUGACUAUAUUGAAAUUCGUGAUGGUGAUAGCUAUUCUUCAAACUUAUUAUUGAGGGAUUGUACACAGGAUGCGGUCGAAGGUUAUUACUAUGAAUUGACAUCACACAAAGUAAUGGUACGAAUGGUUACUGAUGAAUCAAUCACUUCAAGGGGAUUUUCGUUAACCUUCACUGCAGUUACAUUUAAUCAUUCAGAUUGCACCAACGAUGGAAUGUUUGAUUGUGGUAAUGACUAUUGUAUCAUCAAUGAUCUCACUUGUGAUGGUAUCGAUAACUGUGCGAACAACCAGGACGAGAUAGAUAACAAUAAAAACUGUCCAGUCGUUGGUCCUGAUAUUGAUAAGCCUGACCGUGACCGUGGAGUAAACAUAGCAACCGAUGCAGUGACCACCGUGCUGAUCAGUUUGAUGGCAACGUAUUGGUUUGAGUGGUAA